UCCAAUCUCAAAAUAAUUCAACAUCCAGACACAUCACUGAUUCAGCUGGACGGCUUUCAAAGUUCACCCUCAUUUGCACAACAGAAGAAUUGGAAAGACUUUUUGAACUUUCUGCAUCUAGUAUAUCUGAACCUUGCUUAAGAAAGAUGAACUGCAAAAUCUUUGUCGUCUCCAUUGUUGUGUUUGUAGCAUGUCUGGCCAUUGGGGAAGGAAAGAGCCUUGAGGGAGUAGAUCACAAAUGUCGCUGCAUUACAACGGAGAGUCGACGCAUGGGCAAACUCAUAGAGAAGAUUGAACUCUUUCCACCCAACUCCCACUGCAAAAACAUAGAGAUCAUUGCCACCCUGAAAGAAACUAACCAGGUGAUCUGUCUGGACCCAGCUGCCCCUUGGAUUAAGAAAAUAUUCAUCAAGGACAAAAAAUCACCAUGAAUGUGUCGACCAUCAGCGCACCAGGGUUGCUUUUUAAGUACAAGUGGUCUUGAAUGAGUAUACAGUUAUAAUUCAUGGUUUCUUCACCUGGAAAUGCAUCUCUGUGUUUAAAGUAUAUGCAAUAAAAUAUCACAAACAUCA